UGGCGCAUUUAAUCUGGCCCGAGCGGUGGAGGUGCUCUCCCCAUAUAAAGCGCAGUGCGUGCCCUUGGUUGGAGCCAGACCUCUAUCAGCUGUUGGGCGAGCUCUGGAACCCUGCUUGUCGGCAGCUCUGACCGGCCCAGCCAAACAGCAGGGGCUACGCAGAGAGGGAAGGACAGACACAGAGAGAGACUCACGGAGCAGGCGGGUGGGGGGCAGAGUUCGGGAUGACGGACGGCUGCCUGAUCGACGAGCUGAUCGAGCUGACGGCUCAGAGCCUCAGCUACCUGGAGAUCAAGGAGCACUUCAACGUCAUCAAGGAGAUCGGAAAGGGGAAGUACGGAACGGUGCUGUUCGUCACCCAUCGCUGCCGGGGCACCCCCAUGGCCCUGAAGGUGAUGCCCAAGGCCUCCACCAAGCUGCAGGGCUUCCUGCGGGAGUACUGCAUCUCCCUGCGGCUGUCCCAGCACCCCUGCAUCGUGAGCGUCAUGAGUCAGUCGUCAGUUCAACAAUGAAUGUCGCGAGAGCUGGUCGUCGGCAAGGACCUGUUCGCCGUGAUUCAGCCGCGGGUGGGCAUCCCUGAGAGUGCGGUGAAGCGCUGCGCCAGCCAGAUCGCCAGCGCGCUGGAGUUCAUCCACGGGCACGGGCUGGUGCACCGGGACGUCAAGCCCGAGAACGUGCUGCUGCUGGACCGGCAGUGCAGCCGGGUGAAGCUGGCCGACUUCGGGCUGGCGCAGAAGCGGGGCGCGCUCAUCCGCCUCAUCUCCGGCACGCUGCCCUACAUGGCGCCCGAGCUGUGCGCGGUGGUGGCGUCCCCGGACGGGCAGCGCGCCCCCGGGGUGGACCCCCUCAGCGUGGAGCCCAGCCUGGACACCUGGGCCUUCGGCGUGCUCCUCUUCUGCGUCCUCACCGGCUUCUUCCCCUGGGAGAGCUGCACGCCCGCCGACGACUUCUACCGCGAGUUCGCCGACUGGCGGGGCGGGGGGGGUCCCGCCGACGCUGCCGCCACCGCCGCCGAGCCGCCGUCUCAGUGGCAGAGGUUCACGCCCGCCUGCCUGGAGAUGUUCGGCGAGCUCCUGGAGCCGGACGCCGGGCGCAGGGGCGGGGUGGGCCGGGUCAAGGCCUACGUGGACCGGGACUGGGUGGCGCGGGCGACGGACGCCGGCGAACCGGCGGGAGAGAACGGGACGGUCGCCGCCGCCGGCGCCAGCGCCACGCUCAGCGUGCGCCGGAGCGGCUCGGUUAAAAUGGCGGACUGAAACCCCCCCCCUCUCCCCACCCCCCACCCCCCCCCCCAAAACCCGGGGGAAUUUCAGUAUUAGGCAGCUAAUACCCGCCUUCCCAGGCUCUCAUACUGGUUUAUUUUGUAAACAAUAGAGAGGGUUACUCUAAAACUUAUCAGGAGAGAGCUUGCUUCUCUCUCUCUCCCUUCACAGAGAAGUCGAGGGGGAAACUGAAAAACAGGGAGUCACCUGAUCUGAUCUGGACGCGCCGUCCAACCCAAAAACAGAAACCAAAGACCGCGCGCGGCUAGGGUACCUAAAGGUUAGCUGUGAGCACAUUACCCCUGACCGCCACGUCCUCAAGGGCAGCGGUCACAGCAGAGAGUUCUCCAGCCGUGCUCCUGCGGUACGCUGCCGUAGGAGCCGUUUGACAAGUCUAUCAAAGUGUCAAGCCGGUGCUGUCCUCUCAGCGUGAUAUAAUAGCGUUAGCUUAUGUAACAUUCGUAUACAGUUAAAUUUAGAGCCCUGUAAAUACGGGCUCUCGAUGCUAGGUGAGUAUUAAUAGCACAAAGGCCGUCAAAACACCAUGAAAUUCAGCGGGGAACAGGCCACGGGAGAUCGCAGGGAUCAGUCAGAAGAGUUCAGGUAGCCGUUAGAAAUCCAUCUGGAAAUCUGACGGAUGGACAGAUGUUGACGAUUACGUUUGCGGUGUGGGUGCAUUGUAGAUGCGCACGUGUAUAUUCUCAGAUUUUUUAUUGUUAUUAUUUUUUGCAUCUGUUCUUUUGUAAAUGAUGUUAUUCUUCCACGCACUGCAUGUGUGCAGACUGGGUUGCUUUUGAAUUACAGUGCACACUCUUGUCCUCACAGCGAUCUAGUGAAUUAUCUGCUAACACUAUAGGUUAAGGCUGUGUGAAUGCACGAUAAAUCACAGACUCUAAUAACCGACAAUAAAGAAACAAAAAGUUUUCAUGUGCCUGGUUACAGAUGGACUGGUAAAUGGACUGCAUUUAUAUAGUACUUUUAUCCAAAGCGCUUUACAAUUGAUGCCUCUCAUUCGCCAGAGCAGUUAGGGGUUAGGGGUUAGGUGUCUUGCUCAAGGACACUUCGACACGCCCAGGGCGGGGUUUGAACCGGCAACCCGCCGACUGCCAGACAAUUGGUCUUACCUCCUGAUCUGUCGCCCCACAGCUGCACACCCUUGGCAGUAAUCUCAGUUUAGCAAAAAUGUGAAGCGGCAAAAUGGUUCUCAAGGUUGAUGAGGAUUUCAAGAGCCCACUGGCUCUGCAGUAAGACACACAGUGCUGGGUACAAUGGUGCUCGUUACAUAAAGAAACUGCUUUCACUGC